UAUAGAAAGCUGACAAUUCGAAAAAACGAAGCAUUCUGAUUAAAAUUGCUUUAUCGAUUCGAUUUCAAAUAAAAUUUUUCUUGAAAAUUUGUGUCCAUUUAAUAUUAGAUUUGUUUGUUGCUAGGAAAAUGUUAAUCGGUUUUAUUGGAUCGGGCAAAAUAGCUCAAGCUUUGAUUAAAGGUUUUAUCAGUGCUGGAAUAUGUCGAGUUGAAAGUAUAUUGGCAAGCGCUCCCAAAGAUGAUUAUACAAAUCAUUAUAAAACUCGUGACAUUGGCUGCCGUACUACAUAUGAGAACAAAGAUGUCUUAAAACAUUCGGACAUAGUGAUUUUAGCUGUGAAACCACCAAUUGUACCAUACGUUUUGAACGACAUUAGUAAUCUUGUCACACCAAAGCAUUUGAUGAUUUCGAUUGCUGCUGGCAUCACAUCGAAAUCGAUCGAAAAAUCAUUACCCGAACAAUCCAAAGUUGUUCGAGUGAUGCCAAACACACCAGUAUUAAUUAAACAAGGAGCAAGUGUAUUUGCAUUGGGCCGUAAUGCACAGAAAUCCGAUGGUGAUGUGGUGAAAAAAUUGUUCGAAAGUGUUGGUAUCUGUGAUCAGGUGCCAGAAAAUUUGAUUGAUGCUUGUACUGCCCUUAGUGGCUCUGGUCCGGCUUACACUUAUAUGUUUUUGGAGGCUUUGGCUGACGCUGGUGUAUUGCAAGGAUUGUCUCGUGAACUUUCCUACAACUUAGCUGCUCAUACUCUGAUUGGUGCUGCAAAAAUGGUUUUAGAAACCAAAAAACAUCCAGCUGGAUUAAAGGAUGAUGUUUGUUCACCGUCUGGUUGUACGAUCAAUGCCAUGUAUCAUUUGGAAAAGAAUGGUUUCCGAUCAUUACUUAUGGAUGCUGUUGGUGUAGCCACAAAUGUUGCGCGAAAAGAUGAACAAUAAAUUUGGAUGGAAAAUUCAAUCUAUUUUUGACUGCCGAAAUGUACUAAUUUUUUUGUGGGUCAUAUUUUGCCAAACUGAUAAGAUUAUCAACAAAAUUCAUUCAUACUCAAAGACAAACAAGCAAACAACAAAAAGUCAUUUAUUUUAAUUAAAUCA